GUAAAUAAACUGAGCAUGUUUUCAACGAGAAGAUUCGUGCUCGGUAUUCAGACUGUUACACUCCCAGAACUUCACUCCUCGAAGGUUGUGAAGCCGCUGGCUAACUUCUAGCGGAGCUUGCUGCGGCAGCAGAAACCAUGCAGUGUGUCGUCACGGGAGGAAACGUGAAAGUGUUGGCCAAAGCCAUUCAUUCGUUGUCCAGGAUUGGAGAUGAGCUCUACGUGGAGCCUCAGGAGGAUGGCUUGGCCCUGCGGUCUGUGAACUCCUCUCGGUCUGCAUAUGCUUGUUUCCUGUUCUCGCCGCUCUUCUUCAGCAGGUACUCCACCCCCAAUGGGCACGACUUCCGGUGCAAGAUGGCUAUCAAGAGUGUGCAGGCCGUGUUCAGAUCUCUGGCCACUUUGGAGAAAACGGUGGAAAAAUGCCACAUUGAGCUGGAUGAGCACAAGAACAAACUCACCUUCACUUUACACUGCAAACACGGCCUCCUGAAGACACAUAACCUGUCUUUCCAGGACAGUGAAAGUUUGCAGGCUGUCUUUGAUAAGGACAACUGUGCCAAUGUAUUCAGAGCCCAGCCCAGGGUACUUGUGGACACGGUCGUGCAUUUUGCUCCUUCUCUGGAAGAAGUUACUGUGUCCGUGAGCGAUGAACGGAUGUGGAUCAAGAACCAUGUGGAGGACGAAGCAGAACGGUCCAAGGCCAUGUUGACAGAGCUGUGCCUGGCUUCAGAUGAGUUUGACCACUUCGCUGUUCAGGCCCAGAACAGCAUCACCUUCUGUCUGAAGGAGCUUCGGGGUUUGUUAGUGUUUGCGGAGGCGACCGGCCUCCCUGUUUCUAUAUACUUUGAUGAACCUGGCAGCCCUGUGGUGCUUUCAGUCGCUGACAGCGUCCUGGAGGGGAACUUCGUGCUGGCAACGCUGUCUGAUGAGCCCAGCGUUCACAAAAACAACAGCAGAGGGACGCGUUCUGCACCGUCGCCGCCCCCUGAUGACUUCAUGAAUGACGACAUUGACUCCUAUCUAAUCGCCAUGGACACGAGUGUUGCCCCCGAACCCCUGACCGCCAGUCCACCCAGGCCGCCCAGGCCCUCGUUACCUGAUUCCACAUGUUCAAAACGACCUGCUGCGGCCAAUCACAGGACGAGGACUCACAGUGACGAGGGGAAGGAGGAAGAUGGGGAGGAAGAUGAAACGGUGGAUUCAGACAGACCACCGAACAAAAAGUUCCGGUCCCUCUUCUUUGGAUCCGUACUCCCCCCGUCCUCUCAGAUGAGCACUCAGCCCAUGUCUUGUCAGGAAGUACUGGCCAGUGACAGUGAGGACGAGUCUCAGACAGACUGACUGUGAACUGAUGUGUGUGGUAAACCAGGCUCAGCUGUGCUGCUGUGCCAUCAUACUCCAAGUUCUGGAAAAUAACAAUACAGAGUUGUUGGAAACUAAUUUCCUUUUUUUUACUGAACCACACAAGUGUUACUUUGAGCAGGGUGAAUGUGUAGAGGCCAGGUCAUUAGUGUAUUUUUCACCAUCAUGUUAGAUUGUAAAGGUCACUGUGGACCUAAAAUCUGUUAUAAUGUGAAAUAAGAGCACUUCCUUUUAAUUUUGGUCAUUGGUGUCAAGAUGCAUCAUUGAAGGUUCCCCCAAAAUAAAACAAACUUAUAUUU